CAGUACUUACCGGCUUAUCCACCAGUCUGCUGCUCCCGGCAUCACCAGCACCGGUCAACUCACCUGUAACCAUGAAGAUUUGGACAUCUGAGCACGUUUUCAACCAUCCUUGGGAGACGGUGAUCAAGGCUGCUAUGCAGAAGUAUCCCAACCCCAUGAAUCCCAGCGUGUUUGGAGUGGAUGUUCUGGACCGAGCCAUCGACAAACAGGGACGUCUCCACAGUAAAAGACUGCUCAGCACAGAAUGGGGCCUCCCGUCUAUAGUGAAAUCUAUCAUUGGUAACACACGAACAUGCACGUACAUUAAGGAGGACUCGGUUGUGGAUCCUAAAGAGAAGAUGUUCGAACUUCAGUCCACAAAUAUCACUUUCACAAACUUGGUGUCUGUGGAUGAACGGUUAACAUACAAACCACACCCAGAAGAUGAAGAGAAAACCAUACUGACACAGGAGGCUAUCAUCUCUGUAAAAGGAGUCAGUCUCAGCAGUUAUUUGGAGGGAGUUAUGGCCAGUACCAUCUCUGCUAACGCUGGAAAGGGCCGUGAAGCCAUGGAGUGGGUUAUCAGGCGACUGAACGCAGAAAUCGAGGAGCUGGCAGCCACUGCACGUGGGACUAUACGCACCCCCAUGGCUGCUGCAGUCACUGAGAAAUGACACCUGCCUCUCAUUUUUUUCCAGUAGAGUCUGAGAAAAAAAACUAUAUGGUGCCACCAGCCUCCCUUUAUGAUGCUCUAAUCCUGUUUGGUGCUAUGGGAUUUUUUUUGUAUUAUUUAAGGGUUCAUUUUAAACAUCUCGUACACACUACUAUCUACAUUAGAUAUAUUUUAAAACAGUGGAUUGCAACAUAAAGGGAUUCUGUGGAGUGCUUCCGGGGGGCGGGAGGGAUGCCACUAAGCAGGACCACAGUGUCAAGAGAGAGACUUGGGGAGGAAGUGUGGAUGGCACGCUUAGGAACAAGUUCAAACACUGCUGUUAUAUAUGUGUUUGAAAACAUGUAGCAUUGGCAGAGAGGUACCGGAGGCAUUGGGUGAACUGUGAAGUGCCAACGCAGACACACUGCUUUUUGUCGAGCCUCUUAAAAACACCACUGCCAGCUGUGUUUUCAUCUGGCAGAACACCUCAUAACACCAGCAAGUCUCCUCUGCUAGUUAAUGGUGAGAUGUAUAGAAGUGACUACGAGGAUUACUCCUGUUGAGAUAUGAUGGCAGAAAACAAUGCCUUGUCGAGGCAGGGGUCAAAUGCAAUGUACUGUAUAUCAAGGGUACUUGGAGACGUUGGUGUAACACAGCAUUGACAGUGACACAUCAGUGAAAUGUGUCCCUGGCCGGUUUAUUUGUGUUACAUCCAUCUCCUCAACAUUGUUUUCUUCUGGGACCUCAAUAAUAACAAGAUGCACUGUAUCGGGCAUCAUAAACAAGCCUGAGUAUAAACUGUAUUUUGUUAUUAUGCAAUAACUAAUAUUGUUAUUAAGGUAUUUAAGUUAAAUGAAGGGAUCAAGGUACUUGCCAUAUUUAUGUUUAAAGUAAUACAGAAGACCUUCUCAAAUGCUGUGUUCAUGUAACUAAUUCAGUCUGACGACUAGACACAAACUGAACAGUAAAAAUGUGACAUACUGUACCUCAACAGGGGCGCCACCAGGGAUUUUGGGACCCAUGAAAAGAUAUCACAUUGGGUCCCACCAUACACAUAGGCUACGCCAAACAUGCACAAUUGCUGUAACCACACCUACACCUGUGCAAGCUAGCAACUCUAUGUGGUCAUUUUUGCAACCCUGAUUGUAUUUUAUGAAGCUGUUAAGACACUGUGCUCAUAUAGUGCUCCUCUUCACUCGCAAUUCACUGCUCGUAAGAGGAGGGUGUUUGGGCAAUACAGAGGCUUUGAAUGGUUAAUUCAUUCCAGAAACAACAAAAAUAUGGCAUUAGUUUAAUAAGUACAUUGUAAAUAACAUUCUAUUAAUGAUGAUAGGUUAAUUUAAAAAUUAACUAAUGUUCUAAUAUUUUUUAGGGCCCCUGUUAGUUACGGGACCUAAGAAUCAUUCUAACUUUUCGCCUCCUUACGGCGCCCCUGCCUGAACAUGUUUGCUGAGCUCAAACAGUCGUCUGUUGCAAUAGAGUCCUCUCAGCACAUUCUCUCAAUGUAAAGGUUGAGACUUUUACAUUGAUUUGCACUUACAAAAUACAUUUUAACAAAAAAGCAGCUGCUACACAAGCUGAGAGAGCAGAUAGUUCCUGAGUAUUUUGGACAAAAGGCAUUUGAGAAGGUCCGCAGCAGUGCGGUGAUGGUGAAUGCUUUAGUUUCUUAAUGUAUUUUUUCCCUGUAACAGGAAUAUUUAUUUAGAACAGUUGCUUUUGAUGGAGUGAGUUGUGACUUGGGUUGACCGAUGAGAAAUGUGAUGCGUAGCUAGAAACUGUGACUUGUGCCUCUGAAAAAGAAAUGGUCACACCAACUGCAGAAUGUGGUGAUGAAAUAAAACAUUUUGAUGAGUUUUCAUAGAAAAUGUUUGCCAGUAAUUCUUUAUUAUACCUGUAGAAUAAGAAAAAGUUGCCACUGAAGGGAAAUUUAAUAUAUUUAACAAGUA